GACGGGCGGCGCGCCCCAUGCUCGCCUCUGGCGUGCCCGCGGCGCUGCCGGCCUUGUGCGUGGCGCUGAUCGCUGGUCUUGGCUGGCGGGCGAGUCCACCACAGCCUGGGCCCGAGCCGCCGAGCGAGGUUCCCUUGUGGCUCGACGGGGUCGCCGGCGCUUGCGUCGAGGCUUCGUCGGCGGCGCUGCGCGCCGAGGCCGCGGCUCGUGCGUUCUCGGAGCGCGCGGCCGCGCCACCGCCGCCUCCGCCGCCGCAGGGGGGCGACGGCUGCGUCUGCCCCGAGGUCGGCGACGGGCUGAGCGCCGAGGCGCUGGCGCUGCAUCUGCUGGUGAGCCUCCUCUCGCCGCUGUGGAUCGCGUUGGCGGAUAAGUGCUUCAACUGCUGCCCGCGCCGCCUGUGGCCUAGCGGCGCUCGCGCACGGGUGAGCUACGACGGCGACGUCAUGGACCAUGAGCGCGUCGUGGUUUGGCCCUCGCGGCGAGUCGAGGAUGGCGAGCUGGUGGACCCGCACCUCUACUGGGUCCUCUCGCCAGAUGGUGACCUGUGGGAGGAGCUGCUCUCGGGGGCCUCGCCCGCAGAUGGCCCCUCGGGUGGUGAGCGCAUCGCCAGCGGUGGGGCCCCGCCUGCUGACGGUCGGAAGCUCUACAGCUUCCGCGAGCAGCCGUCCCUCGCCAGGCUCGUGGAGUUGGCCGACGAGUGCCGACUAGCGAUGGAGGCCCGCGGGCAGGUUGCUGCCGAUGGGCCCGCCCAUGUGGAGCUCGCCUCGGGUAGGCUGCUGGAUGGCGGGGACGUCUUCCCGUGGGCCGCGCCGACGCGGCCCCCGCAUCGCCUCCGCGGGAAGCAGGCGCCGCCGGUUGCCGACGGCGGAGCGGGCGGCGCUCUGGCUGACGCUGCCGCGGGCUCGCCCACGCCCCCUCUUGAAGGGCAUGUCUGGGCGCUGGCCGAGCCCGUGGCCGACCUGGACAUCGGCGCGAUCGUUGACCCGUCGAGCGAGACGCUCAUUGGCGCUGGAGUGGACGCUCUCUGGCUUCGGCGGGGCCGGGCGCUUCGUCUGGAGCUGAUGCCGCGGUGCGACGUGGCGGGCUGGAGGUCGCGCCGCGUUGCCGAGCUGAGUCGCCUUCUGGAGGCGGCAGCUCCUGCGGCGGUGCCCGGCUCCUCCCCGCCUGACGGUGCCCUGGAUGACGCCGCCGCCAGUGGCGCUGAGGGCGCUCCCGCCCCAGAUGGUGCUCCGUCGGCUGUCGCUUUGGCUAGCGCCGCUAGCGACGACACUCGCGCUCUCUGGGUCGAGUGGGACGACCAGGGCGAGCGAUACAAGGAGUUCAGGAAGGCCGCGAACGAGUCGUUGAGCUAUGACUGGGGCCACCAGCGUUUGGAGGGCGGCCUGACGUGCGUGCACACCUGCAAGAUGAUGUACCGCACGGCAGGCACCCCUCGGGCGUGGCUCGAGAAGUUCUUGCGCGAUAAGAACAUCGUUCCCACCGACCGCGUCGCCCAUGAGCUUCGGCCGCUGGUGGAGGCGCUCGAGGAGGCCGGGCCCUUCGACCAGGUUAACCUGGGGGGACUUGCCUGCCUGGAAGUGAUCGUGCGCCGGCUCAACGCGAUCGUUGACGCCUACAAGCGCGCGGGCGCCCCCUCGUUCGCCAACGCCAAGUACUUGGCUCCACUGGGCGAGGCUGACGAGCUGAUGGCGCCCUCGCUGAGGAGCCACGUCUCCCGCCGCGCUAAGGAGGACUGGGAGGUCGAGCAGUCUAUGAAGAAGGCCGAGGCGGUGGAAUUGGUGAAUCGCGCCCUCCGCAGCUUGAACUGGCUGGCGGGCUUCGAGGGCGCGGCUGCUUCACCGAGUCCAGGCGUGACAACCCUGGACAAGCAUGCGGCCCUUCAGCAGCACCUGCUUCGUGAAGCUCAUCGGCGACAGGCCGCAGCUCCGGAGGUGAUGCCGAAGGCGGAGGCAGCCCUGAGGGAGCAGCUCCGGGGGCAGUCCGUAUACGAGACGGACUCUGCCCCAAGGAACCUCGUCUCCUACCAGCCCGGCAAGGCCUCGCUGCCCAAUAUCGUGCUGGACUGCCGCUUCAUUGAGGACAUCGCGAGCCCUGGGUGCCGCUCGUUCUUGGAGGAGAAUCACAAGCGAAUGAGGUUGGAGCCGGAGACUGUGGACUUCGACAGCAUGCCGCGGUUGUACAUGGACCCAGUGUUGAAGAGGAAUUUCAAAUCUUAUCGUACCUUCUUGCGAGAUCUUGCUGGACGUGGAUUUCUGGGAGUAACCGCCAGACCCGCCGAGUCGGCGGGCCUGUUCUUCGUGGCUAAAUCAAACGGGGCUCAGCGUAUGAUAAUCGAUGCUAGGCGAAGCAACGGCCACUUCAGAACGCCGCCAGGUGUGCAGCUUCUCAGCAGCGAGGGGUUCGGCCGGAUCGAGAUAGAGUUGCCGCUGGGUGUCUUGCCCUCAUCAGUUGAGGGGCAGCGGCUUCUGGAUGCCUUCACUGUCUACGUGGCCACCACCGACGUGAAGGACUGCUUCUACCGAAUGCGCGUCCGCGAGGACCUCGGCCGCUACUUCUGCCUGCCCGCCGCCCCGAAGCACGUGCUCGAUGGGACUCAGGUGGCCGGCGUCCCGGCGGAUGCUCCGCCGGACGCCCCCGUGCGGCCCUACCUCGCCGUGCUUCCGAUGGGGUUCACGUGGUCGCUGCGCCUGGCCCAGGCCGCGAAUGAGGACAGGGUGCGCCGUGGCCCCAGCCUGUGCAAGGCGAUGCCAGCUGACAGACAACAGCCCUUGAUUCAGGAUCAGGCCGAGGCUUUUGUGCUACGCGCCGCCUCGCGCGGGGUCGGAGGUGCUUACGUGCACGUGGACAACCUUGGCGCCGUUUCGGACGAUGCCGACCUCAGUGACAGGAUGGUCUCCGAGUGGAGCGACUUGUUCGAGCCGGUCGGCCUGGCGCUCCACAAGUCAGAUUCCCACGGCGGCGCUGGCGAGGCUCUCGGCACUGAGCUUGACGGCGCUCGCCUUCGCUCGGGGAUCACCUCGAGCCGGUUUUGGAAGCUCGAGCGGGGCUUGACUGGCUUUCUCGCUCGGGGGCGUUGCAGCGGCCAGGCGCUUGAAAAAGUGAUCGGACAUUGCACUUUCUGCGGUCUAGCUGCCCGUGAGUCCCUUUCUACCUUCCACACCGUCUAUAAGUUCAUGUCGGUUCAGUCUUUUGACGCGGGCUCAAUGUGGCCCGAAGUGGUCGAGGAGCUCGUGGCUUUUAGAGGGGCCCUUUUGCUUCUGGGCCGCGACUGGUGGCUGCCGUGGAACCCCUGGAACCCCUGCGUUUUAGAAACCGACGCCAGCCUAGCGGGCUGGGCGAUGGACCAAAGUUUGAGCCGUCUCAGGAGUCAGGACUUCAAGCUCUUAGUCCAGAUUCGACGCUUCAACGCCGAUGCCCUUGCCCUUGGCAUCGCCCCGUACUUUAGAUGGAUUCCCUCGGAGUUUAACCAGAGCGAUGAGUCUGUUCCGACGGAUGCGUGCUCGGGCGCUGCGGCCGCCGCGGGCUCCGGCGCAGGCGAGUUCUCCAGCGCCAGAUCCACCGACAGCGAAGGCGAAGUCGAGAGUGCUGGCGGGGCCCCAGGUGACGACGGAGACGCGUGGUCCCAGAGCCCGCCCCGACGCGAGGACAAGGGGCCAUGGCGCCCGCUCGGUCAGGGCACGCUUGGAGAGCCGCCUUCGCCAGCCGCCGACCUCGCCCCCGCGGCCUGCGCUGGCGACGACGAGGCGGGCGCCGGGGAGGAAGGCGAGUCGAGUGGGUCCGACAGCGUGGUGAACCACGCGACUGCGGCCGCGAGGAGAUCUCGACGCCUCCAGGACUCCCGGCGCCGACGCCGCGCGGCCCUCUACACGGACAUGAUCAUGCAGACCAUGGCCGGUGGGCCCACCUUGCUGGAGCGACUGGCGGUGACUCGCCGGACGAGGGAGCGCUAUGCCAAGUAUCUCGAUCGUUUCUACUCGCAUGCCGGCCUGACCGACGACAAGCUCGCGAGGAGCUCGGACGAGACCGUGGAUUGCUGGGUGUGCGACUACUUCACCGCGAUGUACCUGUCCGGGGAGCAGAGCAGCCUGGGGGGCCAGACUGGAGCCGCCCUCAUCGACCGACACCCAGCUUUCGGCCGACGGGGCGGGAGAGCCCUGCCGCGGACGUGGCGAGCGCUCAAGGCGUGGGGGCGGCUGACGCCCUCGCGCACCCGCCGAGCGCUGCCGCUCGCCGUGUGGUCAGCAGUGAUGUGGCGGCUGGUGGACAAGGGCCUCCCGUUCAUGGCCUUGUUCUUGGCCGCGGGCCUCUCUGCUUAUUCAAGGCCCUCUUCCCUGCUGGCAGCCCGCAAGUGCGACCUGGUCCCGCCUUCGCGCGCGACAGUGGACAGCUGGAGCCCUCUGACGCACCCAGAGGAGGAGGGCAGACCAAGCAAAACGAAUCGCUACGACGAGGGCUGCCUCCUGGACUCGAGUUACCUCCGGGGGCUGGGUCCACUGUUCGCCGAGCUCAGAGGGCACGGAGACAGGACCAAGCUGUGGCCUUUCACGUACCUGGAGCUCUCGCAGGCGGUGCAGCUGGCAGCGGCCGAGGUCGGGGCUGGCAAGCUGACACUGCAUCAGCUCCGCCACUCAGGCGCGAGCAUCGACGCCAGCAGGCGCACGCGCAGCCUAGAGGAGAUUCGAAGGCGCGGCUGCUGGGCUCAGGCGAAAAGCAUGCACAGGUACGAGCACAGCGGCCGUCUGAGCGCCGAGUACGAGCGCUUUCCCGCGGACCAGAGACGCCUGUACGAGGCUUGCGAGGUCCAUCUGAUGAGGAUCAUGCUCGGGCACGCUCACCCAGUCCAGUUCAGCCGUCGAAUGCUGACCUGGCAGUCGCGCGUGCCAAGCUAA